UUUGCUAGGCUCGGGAGUGAGGCGGCUGCGUGGCGCGUCUCCCUCACAGAAGCGAAAGUGAUGUCGAGCCCUGUUAAGCAAUCAGCCGCCAAACGGGCACGGACCGACUCCCCGGCCGAUGGCUUCCGCACGCCUGAAAAAGGCGUCUCUGAGUGGCAGGGUGCAGAUCCCGGCCACCUCCAUCUACGGCACUGGGACGCCGAGCAGCUGUGCGACUUCGUCCGCCGCAGAGGCUUCGAAGAACCGGAGGUGCUGAGCCUCUUCCGAGAAAAUCAAGUCACUGGUUCAGUGCUGCCCUACCUCACUGAGUGUCAUCUGAAAGAAAUGGGAAUUGGAAUUCCAGGAUUGAGGCUAAAACUUCUGCAUUGUUUGCGCAAGCUGGAACAAAAUCAUAUGGACAUAAUGAAGGUAUUUAAUGAUCCAAUUCAUGGUCAUAUUGAAAUGCAUCCUCUCCUUGUUCGCAUCAUUGACACACCUCAGUUUCAGCGUUUACGAUACAUUAAACAAUUAGGUGGCACUUACUAUGUUUUCCCAGGAGCAUCACACAAUCGCUUUGAGCAUUCCCUUGGGGUUGGCCAUUUGGCAGGCCGCUUGGUCCGAGCACUGCAAGAGCGACAACCAGAGCUGGAUAUCAGUCAGAGAGAUAUUUUGUGUGUUCAAAUUGCUGGCCUUUGUCAUGAUCUGGGUCAUGGGCCAUUCUCACAUAUGUUUGAUGGAAGAUUCAUCCCACUUGCGAAACCAGGCUCCACUUGGAAGCAUGAACAGGCUUCUGUGAAGAUGUUCGACUACUUGAUUGCUUCCAAUGAGCUAGAGCCAGUCAUGGAGUAUUAUGGUCUCAAACUCUCUGAAGAUACAAUGUUUAUCAAAGAACAAAUAGCAGGACCCACAAAAAUUGAUGGCUGUUCAUGGCCUUACCAUGGACGGACUAAAGAGAAAAGCUUUCUUUAUGAGAUUGUGGCUAACAAAAGAAAUGGCAUUGAUGUUGAUAAAUGGGAUUACUUUGCCAGGGAUUGUCAUCAUCUUGGAAUCCAGAAUAACUUUGAUUAUGAACGCUUCAUUAAAUUUGCUCGGGUCUGUACAGUAGAUAAUGAGAAGUAUAUUUGUACCCGGGAUAAGGAGGUUGGAAAUUUGUAUGAUAUGUUCCACACCCGGAACUGCCUGCAUCGCAGAGCCUAUCAGCACAAGGUUGGCAACAUCAUUGAAACCAUGAUUACAGAUGCUUUUUUAAAAGCUGAUAAGCAUAUCACAAUAAAGGGCUCUGAAGGAAAAGAAUAUCACCUCUCUACAGCAAUGGAGGAUAUGGAAGCUUACACUAAACUAACAGAUGACAUCUUUCUGAGGAUUCUGCACUCUGAUCUCCCAGAGCUGCAUGAAGCACGGGAAAUUUUGCGUAAAAUAGAAUGCCGUGAUCUUUAUAAGUACCUGGGAGAGACUCAGUCCAAAGAGGGCAAAGAAAUUAAACAGGAGCAGUAUGAUAAAUUGCCUGCUGAAAUUGUUGCAUCUACACCACUGACAAAUUCUCCGGAUGCCGGAUUGAAGGCUGAAGACUUCGUAGUUGAUGUUAUCAACAUGGAUUACGGAAUGAAAGAGAAAAACCCUAUCAAUAAUGUUCGUUUCUACUGCAAGUCGGAUAUCACUCAGGCAAUCAAAAUUACUAAAGAACAAGUCUCAAAGUUUCUGCCAGAGAAAUUUGCUGAACAGUUAAUCAGAGUUUACUGUAAGAAAACAGAUGAGAAGAGUAUUGAUGUUGCUAGAAAAUAUUUCAUUCAGUGGUGCAUGAACAAGGAUUUCACUAAACCACGGGAUGGUGAUGUGGUUGCCCCUGAACUUACUCCAAUGAAAGCAGAGUGGAAUUUGGGUAAAGAUGACAACAAUCAACAUUCAGAUGACCACAGCAGAGCUUCAAAAAGUCUCGCUUUCUAACUGACAGAUCAGCUUAAAUUUCUUUCCAGUAGCUAAAGUUUCAUGCUACUAUUUUUAAGACAUCAGUUUACAUAGACAGAGAUUCUAUCAAGCUUACUUCAAAUAAGAAUAUUUCAUGAAAGCAAAAAAUAAAUUUGCGUGAUGUUUUGGGAGAAAGCUUGAUAAAAAAGGUCUUGGUUAGCAGUAGUCAUUUUAAAAACUUUCCAUAUGUUGUGGCAUUCACAUGGGAAUUUAACAACCAGCCAUGAGAACACUACCCUUAGGAACAGUGCCCCCUUUUCAUGCAGGUUUGAAUGUAUAUUAGUGAAGUGAGAACUGCCCUCUAAAGGAGGCUUCAGAAGCAUUUGCAAAAUUCCUAAACAUUAAAAAUCAAAGGAGACCAAAGAACUGUAUUUCUAGAUAAGCUUAAUUUUCCUAGGAUUGACAAAAUAUUACAGCUUGUUUACCAAGGCAAACACUAUAAACCUAUCAUGGCUUUGGGUGGGGGGCCUGUGAGAAGAGACCUAUGCCAUUUGCCUUAAUAUGUGGCAAUUGUGAUAGAAACUUUCUCACAAUUUGAGGAAAGUUAGCCUACAAGAGCUUAAAUGGAUAGAAAAACAAUCACAGUUACAAUAUUUAAAAUGUUUUUAAACCUUUGGUGUUUUUUAAUGGCCAAAUUCAAUAUCCACAGUGGCAAACAGUAAUCCAGGGAAAUAGUAUUUUUGAGUACAUGCUGAGGAGGAAAUAAUUAGUUGCAACAGAGAGGCCAAUGGCUGUUUAAAAAGCACAUGUCAUACUAAGGUUUUUUUUUUAAAGACUGAAUGUAUUUUUAACACCUCCACAUUGCCAGAAAUAAUGAUUGUAUAUGCAAUAAUGUAUCAUUCUUUUUAAGUUGAAUUCUUUUUUGAAAUAUUUCUGUGGUGUGCACUUUAUGCUGUCAAAAAAAAUAAUUUUGUAUACAAGAACUGUUUUUCCUGAGAGGUUUACUGUCAGUGUUGAGAAUUAGCUCAUGUUUAAUCCCUGAAACAUUUUUCUAUUCUUCUUUAAGCCCCUUUUAAUAAUAACCUGUAGAAGAAUGGCAUAAAUCUUUUAAAUACUA